AUGCGCCUAGCCAUGGAAAUCAACCUCUCUUGUCCCAACAUCCCCGGAAAAACACCGCCAGCAUACGACUUCGCUGCAUUGCAAACAUACCUCGCAGCGCUCAAGACGGAGAUCGACGUGGCCAUCGUACAGGCGGGUGGAAUCGAUGAAAGCAAACGCGUCGCGAUUGGCAUCAAGAUACCGCCGUAUACGUAUCAAGAACAAUUUGAAGGAUUGAUUGGUGUGCUGAGGGAAAGCGUGGACAUGACACCAAGAUACCUGGCCUGCCCCAUCGACUUCAUAACGGCAGUAAACACUUUGGGUUCUUCCCUCCUCUUGUCCUCGGACUUGGAAACCUGCCUCCCCACCCUGGCCUCAGCAAACGGCUCCGGUAUAGGUGGUCUAGCAGGAGCACCGUUGCAUCCGCUUGCGCUGGGAAAUGUGUAUACGAUCAGAAAUAUGCUGGAUGUGCAUGCCGAUUUGAAGGGGGUUAUGAUCAUAGGGACAGGGGGCGUGGAGGAUCAGGCCGGGUUUGAGAGAAUGAAGAGUGUGGGGGCUGGGGCCGUGGGAGUAGGGACAGCGUUGGGGAGGAAGGGCGUAGACGUUUUUGGAGUGAUUGAAAGAGGAUUUUGA